GUUUCCAUGAACGAGCUACAGUACGUACCGAUACCUGAUAACUGGAGCUAAGCUAAGGUCAUGAUGUAUGCAGUAAUGCAAGGGAGCUCAUUGGGAGUUGGAUUCAUCAUUUGUAACGGGCCCGAAACCUUGAUGCGUCGGAUCAUGACAUAAACACCCAUCGUCCUCUCCCAAUUUUUUUUUUGUUUUUUUUUGUUGGCACUUGUGUCCGAAUCAUCAUACUCACCAUCUUGCGACGAUGGAUCCCACUACAGACAAAGGGAAACAACGAGCACAUGCAGAUGAGUCGUUCUCAACACAGCCGCCACUAGACUCAGAACCAGAUGCAUCUGCCGCAACGGAACAAGCCCCAAGAGUUAAGCUCUGGGGAGGCAUGGACGCCGCGGACGAGAACACACUGCACAGUCUACCCUCUGUCCCAAAAGUCGACAUUCGAGCCAACCGGGCCGUGCAAGGCGUUCAAGACUAUUAUCCCAGCCAGGUCUACUCGUCAUCAUCAAUGAACUACCGAUCCAAUGACCGCCACCUGCUGCAGCUCCCUGCAGAGCUUCUAGAUAACAUCCUCACCUACCUCUCCCCGUUGGAUCUCGCCGCAGUCAGCGGGACCUGCCAUGCCCUCCACACCCGCGCCAACUCCAACUACCUCUGGCAAGCCAUCGUACAGGAUCAUGUUCCCGGCGAGACCAUUACGUCUCCAUAUCCGUGCAACACAUUCCGCGAUCUAUGGAUCGCCCACGAUCCACGCUGGUUCCUUCCAAAAUACAAGAUAUGGUUCUCGGGGCAGGAUUUUAUGGGGAAGCUGAUCCUCGUUCGGUACGACCAGCGCAGGGGCUGCAUUGAGGGCUACCAGCUGCUGGCCACGCGGACGAGGGUGGAAUAUCAACAUUGGAACGACGACAAGGAGAUCAUAAUACACAACUUUGAGCCCCAGGUGAAGCUGCAUCUGGACAAGCCCGCCCUGCAAUUGCGGUGCGAGGGCAACACGAGCCGGGAUUGGCAGUGGCACGACGAGGCGGGGAGCGACAAGAACGCCUGGAGGCGCGACUUUGGAAACAUCAGCGUCUUGCGCCCAAACUCGUCCUCCCCACCGCCCAAGCCGAACCGCUUCGCAUCCGAGGUGCCUAUGAUAACGCCAGAGUACGGCAGAAACUCGGACGGGAUUUUUAGCAACUUUAUGCAUGCCCGCCCGCUGCCCGAGGCCCAGGCCGCGCAGGCCGCUAAGACGUCGUUCCCUUACGGCGACCUGUGGCCCCCGCCGGCCGUGCCGGCGCGUCACCGCGUGGCGGCCAACAACUUCUUCCGCGCGACGAACCGCCGCUUCUCGGGCACCGUGGUGGGCCAGCGGCCCCGCAGGCGCGCGGAGGUGUCGGAUCAGAGCUUCCGCAUCAGGAGCUGGCGCGAGAUGAGGCCUGCGCUGGCCGCCGUGCUAGGGUUGACCGGCGUGACGAACGGGGGCGCGAGGAGGAUGGUCUCCGACGAGUUGGCACUGUUGUUCCCUCCUGGAGCUGGGCCGAGUGCAAGCACGGAUGGCGGUGACAAUGGCAACAACAACGAGAAUGGGGUUAAUGACGAUGGACAGGCGGCCGAGGCAAGGGCGGCGAAUGCCGACAUAAUCAGUUUGCCGUUUGGUCCACACAUUGAUGAGCAGCUGACGACUUACUCCACCCUCGACCCGGCCCUGUAUACGCCGACACCCGAGGCGCCAUGGCGGGGUAUCUGGGUCGGCGACUACAGCGGGCACGGGUGCGAGUUCCUGCUCCUGAACCAAAUCAUCACAGGCACCGAGGAGCACGAUUUGACUAGGGAGGAAGGGCUUACGGACGAGGAGUUUGAGGCCAAGAAGGAAGAAGCCAGAAAGUACAGGGGCAGGCUAGAAGCCAUCAAGCUCACGGGCGAUGCAAACGUGCCCCGCGGGGAGCCUACGUUCGUCGCAGAGGAUCUGGGUCCUGGCGGCUUCGUCACGGUGAUUGAGGAAAAGCCGUUUACGGGCUGUCGAGUCGUCAGAAGUAAGGGGCACGUGGCACAGUCGGGAUUUAAUCUUGACAAGUAUAUCGAGUCUCAGCUCAUCAUGAUUUCACACGACCGGCUGGCACAGUACUGGGUUGACUUUGGACACAUUAGCUAUUUUGAGAGAGUCGACAUUGAUCGAUUCCUCAAGGUUACCUGAGGUUGAUUUGUCGAGACGCUAUUGGCUCUGUACGUAAUGUUUUUGGUUAUGUGUCUUGAUUUGCAAAGUGAAUCAGUUGAUUGGAUAUAAUCUCUGGGGAAUCACAGAUCCUGAGUGCAACCUUGCACUUGAUGGAUAUGUGGGAUGGGAAUGAUUGCCUCCCUCAGAGUAUGCACAUACAUCUUCACGGACAGACUACAAGCAUCAUGGCUAGGCUCUUGGCCAGUGGAAAACAAAUUUGAUUGCCACCACAUUAUUUGAUCAUUGAAGUCAUCGUGGCUCGAGCAUUGCAUGCUUUUCCUUUUUUUUUUUUUUUUUUCAUAAAGCCGAAGGCUUAACAGGCUUCUGUCAAGCCCUCAAGCCCUCGAGCCCGCAUUAACCUUGACCCUCUUGUCUUUCACUAAGCUAUGACUAUGCUGUGAAUAAGACAGCAGCCUCGUUUUCACAGCUUCUUGUUAUGUGGGUUUGGG